GUCCACAUCACCCUCUGCACCCCAAUACCCACCAGUUCCCAUAGAAGCCUCAGAACACCCAAUCGCUAGAUUACUGCGAGCCUUAAACUCUGUAGCAGCUUCGAAAUGGAAUCUCCGGACACAUUCACCCUCCUCCCACUGCAAAUCGACCCCCAGACCAAAGCCAUAACUGCGACAGGCACAGCUAGCAAUGCCCUCACUACCGAACUCCAAAUCCUCAACACUCUCCACCGGUCCCUCCUCUCGGUAGAUACUGCUACCGGCACGCCUCCACCACCCGUCCCCGUCAACCCUAAACGCAGCGCGGCAAUCAGCAAACUGCGCGAAUCCGGCAACGCCGAGUUUCGUAAACACCAAUACCCCUCUGCCGUGCGCAUGUACUCUCUAGCCAUUGACAUGGCACUCGGACGGCCAGCCUGGGAACCUUCUGGGUUGGUGCGAGAGGAGGUUAGCGGGUUACUGAGUAAUCGGGCGCAGGCGCAUAUGAGUAUGCAGAAUUGGGCGGAAGGCGCUGUGGAUGCAGAGGCAAGUGUGGAGAUGAAGAAGGUGGGGAACGCGAAAGGAUGGUGGAGGAGGGGGAAGUGCUUGUUCGAGAUGGGGAGGUUGGAGGAAGCGGAAGUGUGGGUUAAGCAAGGAUUGGAGUUUGAGGCCACUGAGCAGGAUCUUUUGCAGUUGAAGGGGGAGAUUGAGAAGAGGAAGGGGAAAUAGAUAGAACAUGGAAACUUGCGAAGGGAGAAGGAGUUUGGUUGAGUGUGUGUGCAUGUGUGUAUGUGUAGGAAACGGUUUCUUUGGGAAAGUGUGCAUUGCGAGGCGUUGGGUGUACUUUGCUACUGAAUGGCACGCUACUUUCACCCCUAUGGACUGAGCCACUUGGUAAUUCUGGAAUCAGCUCUGGUCUUGUCUUACCAUUGCUGGAAAUGAAAUAUCCCUCGAGGUCUAACCCCUGUAUUUAUUUCGCAUUUCGCCUUGUCCCCCGGAAUUAGAUCUUGAAAUGCA